CACCCGAGGGGAGGGUCAGCCUGGGAGACGGGGCGGGGACAGGAGAGGAGUGUGUCCGGCUCUAAACGUCCAUUGGUCCCGGGGGAAGAGCCGGGACAUAUAAAGCCGAGGAGCGCAGCAGCACCGGUCAUUGAGGCCGAAGGACCGGAGGCUCUCUGGGACCGGAGUUAGCCCCGGGCUCCUCUGCUGACCCUCCAGAAAGGAGACCCCCCAACUCCCUCCGAUUGGGACCGCCCCGCUCUGCCUGCCAUGAAGCCGACGGGGCCCCUGCACGUGAAGACGCCCCUCCGGGACAGCAUGACCUUGUCCAAGCUGGCGGGGACCAGCGUCUACCUCAAGAUGGACAACUCACAGCCCUCCGGCUCCUUCAAGAUCCGCGGCAUCGGGCACCUGUGCAAGACGUGGGCCGAGCGGGGCUGCAAGCACUUCGUCUGCUCCUCGGCGGGCAACGCGGGUCUGGCCACUGCCUAUGCAGCCCGGAAGCUGGGCGUGCCGGCCACCAUCGUCGUGCCCAACACCACGCCCCCUCUGACCGUCCAGCGCCUGAAGGAUGAAGGGGCGGUGGUCCGGGUAGUGGGAGAGAUGCUGGAUGAGGCCAUCGACCAGGCCAAGGCACUGGCAAACAACAAUCCAGACUGGGUCUACAUCCCGCCCUUCGACGACCCGCUCAUCUGGGAAGGCCACACGUCCAUCGUGCGGGAGCUGAAGGAGAGUCUGAGCGCCAAGCCCGGUGCCGUCGUGCUGUCGGUGGGCGGCGGGGGCCUGCUGUGCGGCGUGGUGCAGGGGCUGGGCCAGGUGGGCUGGGGCGAUGUGCCCGUCGUCGCCAUGGAGACGCACGGGGCGCACAGCCUCCACGCGGCCCUGGCUGCCGGAGAGCUGGUCACCCUGCCGCAGAUCACCAGCGUGGCCAAGGCCCUGGGGGUGAACACUGUGGGAGCUCAGGCCCUGAAGCUGGCGCUGGAACAUCCGGUCAUCUCCGAAGUCGUCACAGACCAAGAAGCCGUCCUGGCCCUUGAGCAGUUCGUGGACGACGAGAAGAUCCUGGUGGAGCCGGCCUGCGGGGCCGCGCUGGCGGCGGUGUACAGCGGGGUGCUGCAGAAGCUGCAGGCGCAGGGCAAGCUUGGGGCCCGGCUGCCGUCUGUCGUGCUCAUCGUGUGCGGAGGAUGCAACAUCAGCCUGGCCCAGCUGAGGAGCCUGCGCCAGCAGCUCGGCCUAAACCGGGGCGGGCACGAGGCCUGAGUCCGGCCUUCUGCCCACCCCCCACUCUCGGGGACAGGGGCCGACCCCGGACAGGACCCCGGACCCCCAUUCGUCCCAAGAGCCCAGGCGGCUGGUCCUGGGGGGAUAGAGGGGUUGCUCGGGGGAAGGGACAGAGGAGGCGGGGUGGCCACUGCGGGCCACCUUCGGCUUCUCCCCGGCCCCUUCUGUGCCCCCUUCUCCCUGCCCUGCGUGGAGGGGGCCCUGACCUGGGCGGGGGGCGGUGGGCCAAGGGCAGGCAGAGCCAUCGAGACCCAACCGGCCCCCGGCCUCGGUCCCGCCCCAGAUGGUUGGGGGGGGGGGGGCUGAGAUGGGGUCUGGCCCCUCAGACACUCUUCAGGGGAGACGGGCAGCUCCUUAUUACGGUAUAUGUCAAGCGCUUACUACGUGCCAGGCACUGUACUAAGCGCUGGGGUGGAUACGAGCCCGUCGGGUUGGACACGGUCCCUCUCCGACGUGGGGCUCCCAUCUGUGACCUGUCUGCCUCGACUCGCUACUGGAUAUGUGGGAAUCGGGGGGGGGGGGGGCGAGGGGAGCCGAAGGUCGUUUUUCUAAUGUCCAAGUGUUUUUUUCUUUUCAUUUAAGAAAAAGUGGCAUAUUUAUUAAAACACCUCUCCCCGUC